AGUUAUUACUAUAGUAACCUCAUGUAACAUGUAACAAUAAAGUGUUACCCAAUAGAUUUGUUAAAGUAUUAUUAAUCUUUGCUAAAGUUAGUCAAUAAAAAUCUAUAUUAGUUCAUGGUAGCUCAGAUCCUUUAAACAAUGUUAAGAAAUAUAGCAUUUGAUUUUAAUAAAUGUAGAAACUAAAUGAAGAUUAUUAGAUGCUUUAGAAAUUUUUUUCAUUGCUAUUUCAUGUUAACUACUGUAGUUAAAGCUGAGACCUUAUUGUAAAGUGUUACCUUAAACUGUUCUUCGCACUAAGAAAAAAAAUGGUUCUUUUAAGAACUGUUCAAUGAAAUAUUCUUUUUAGAAAGCUAAAUAUGGUUCAUCUAUGGCAUACCCCUUUUUAGAACCUUUAAUUUUAAGACUAGGCUAAUCAUUUAUAAAUUCAACAAAACCCCUCAUGCUUAAUUCACAAAGCAGAACAGCCCUUUCAUACAAUAUAUGAGCCGUGAUGUCGCCUGGCUAAAGGUGUCAUCGAGUGUUCAUUACAUCUGAGAGUAACGCCACAAAGACGGCUUCAAGAGGCCUCUCAGCUCAUGAUGCUGAUGAGGGCGGUGAUUAGCUCUGUCAGAUAUGAAUGACUGAGCAAGGCACCAUGGGACAAGACAAGACAGAAGCCUGUCAUCUAGUCUAAGCUGCUGAGCUGAGUAAUAUCACUGAGAUAAUCAAAUCCCAUUUACAACAAUUAAGGCGAGAAUGAUCGUACCAUCUUUUAUGAGUUAACUGAGACAUCUUUUUCGUCUUUAAUUGAAACAUAAAUCAGCUGCUAAAGAAACCGAGAAGAUGUCAAUGAGAUGAGAAGGGGAAUAAGACAGGGAGAGAGAUGAUAGGAAUGAAACGGAGAGGGAGGGGGAUUCAGAGUACAACAGCUGGACAGACGAUAUCCAGCCCACUUUUGAGAAUCAGUCCACCAGACCGAGCGCAUUCAGAUCCGCUGCUUCCUCUUUCACUCAGUACAAACACAAGUGGCAUCUAUUUCGGCGUGUGCUAUAGCUUAAGGAAUCCCAUAAGGAAUUCACUCCAGGACCAUGAGAUGAGCGUGACGGGUAGCUGUGUGAUUUAGUGCCGACGACUCUUUUUUGCAUCAGAAAGAUUCCCAAAUCCAUCAGAUAUGUCUGGAAUGGAUGGGUCAGUGGAGGAGAUAAAUGGUACGGAAGUGAGCAGCGAGAGUUUCCUGAGGUUCAGCCCUACAUCUGUUUCUACCGGGGCGGCCGCUGUCUCAUAUGGACGAACUGCCAAUGUUUACAUCUAUGUCUCCAUCUUCCUCAGCUUGCUGCUUUUCCUGCUUACCCUGUUGAUCAUUGCUCUCCACAGGCUGAAGAACAUCAUAUCCUCUAGUUCUUCAUACCCAGAAUGCAGCAGUGAGGCCGGGAGCUCCUUCACUAACAUGGAGAUCUGCAGCGUUUCCUCACAGAGAUCAACGGUGUCAUCGCUGUCCUGACAGCAGAGAGAGACUGAAUGAUCACACACAUCUCUCAAUGUACUGAUAUUCUAGAAAUGUAGAGAUAUUUUAGAGGUAGUUUGUUGUAUAAUUAAAUAUUUAUCAUUAUUAUCAGUGUCAUAAUCAGUAUCAUUAUUAAGUUUUGGGUUUUAUACAUUAAAUAAUUCUGUCAACAGUGUAAAACAACUGUGUAAAAUAACUCCAUUUGAGACCGACAGAAGAUCCUCCAGAUGGAUUGUACUGAUUCAUUAUCAUAAAGGCCUUGUAUUUCGAUUUUGGAAAAAUGUUAAUGACUUCUAUAUGUUAAUUACAUUAUGUACAUAAUGAACUGUAAAUAGAAAAGCUGUCAUACUGUCUCUCAUAUUUAAAAAUUAUAUUUGACAAUAUGAUUACACUUACAUACAUAAAUAUUAUAUCCUUUAAUACAUAGAUAAGAUAUAGAAUGCAACAUGUCAUCUCUUGAAAGCCUUGAAUAAAAUCUGAUUUGCUCAUAAAAUAUGCUUAAGAAACAUGUCUUUAAUCCACCAUGCAUCAGUAAAAAAAAAAUGCAUAGCACUAUAAUAAAUAUGCCCCCAAUGUCAUUUUGAUCCCCCUCUACAAAAAAGUGGAUUACUCAGUAAAUAUUCAUCAAUAUUUUGGCUUUCAUCACUAUUUAUGUUUGUCUUUGUACAGAAAAAAAUAUUAGUAAAAUCAAACAUUUGC